GAUCGUUAAAUCCUUUUCUGAACAUUUAUUAUGUUAUUGGAAAAGACAUCAAUGUCGUUGAAGAAGAUGAAGAGCAAAGGAUCCAUGGACGCUACUCAGCCACAGUUACCAUCUCUCUCCGACGUUGAAGCUCGGAUGCAAAUCCUGCGUGAAUCUGCUUUUGAAGAAAGCCAAGGAGAUGAUGAUACAUUUGCUCAUCGAGCUGAAUGGUUUUACCAGAGAAGACCUCUCCUUCUCUCGCUUUGCCUUGACCUUUACAACGGCUACGUCACUCUCUUGGCUCGUUCUCAUCAAACCAGACCGAAGCAGCAGCUUAAACUCACAACUUCUCCUCCUAAUGAUCAUGAAGACUGCAUUUCAGACAUCGAUUCCGGCAGUGAGAUCGGUUCCGAAGUCGAGAGCACCUUGUCUUUUCAACAGGUGCAAGACUCUGCUGCGGUUUCAGAGAAAGUCGACGGGCUUGUAUCACAACUUGUGACUGCAAACUUGGACAAAGAGAUUCUGCAAGAUGAGUUACUCCGCAAGGAGCAGCAGCUUCAUGAAGCGUCCAAUACCAUAGAGCUGUUGAAGAAGUUUGUCAUGUUGCUGGAGAUGGAGAAGGAAGUGGCUAUGCAGGAAAACGCUAAUCUUGGAUACAAAGUCACUUCUCUCUUGGAGGAGAACAGAGAGCUAGCCACCGAGGCGUUGUUCAUGAAGAACGAAGCUGUUGGGCUCGCUAGGUGUGUGCUUAAGAUGAGAGAUGACCACUUCCACAAGGUCUGCAUUCUCCAGAACCGCAUCUACUCGCUUCAGGCAUCGAAGAACUUAGAGCCCGUCUAUGAUAAGGUCUCAGCCGGCUGCUUUGGUCUUGAUAAGCAUAAGACCAAGAAGAAGAUGGAGAAGAAAGCCGAAGAGAAAACUGGAUUCAAGUGGUUGAAGAAGCUGAACAACAUUAACCUGUUCACCAAGUGCAGCGUUAACCCAUCAGCUGCUGCUGCUGCUCCAUCAUGCUGCACUUUCAACUUGCCUAAUUAGUCUAUCCUUUGGUGUAUUAGUAAACUAUGUAAAAUGCAUACAUGACUGUGUAUGUUCUACUGCCUUUGUUACGUUUAAUGCUAUUCAGUGCAUCGCCCUGAUGCACAGUUCGUUGCAGCGUGUAAACAAUUCGUGACUCCUUGAUCCACAUAUGUAUGGUUUUCAUGACUCACUUGUCUAGUAAACACAACAAUGCCAUGAC